CAAUGAACGGGAGCUGCCUGGGAAGGUGGGGGAGGGGGCUCUUCUCUUGGACUUCUGGGCGCUUCGUUCUGCCUUCUGGUGAGGUUUAACUCCGACGCCGGGUCCUGGAAGCCAGGGGGACCCCUAACACUGUUCUGGAAGGAGAAAACAGCUCGUGUGGAGAGCGGUUCAAGUUGCGGAGGGAGUGCGCGCCGGGAGCUCCCCCCCCCCACAUCCCGGCGAAUGGUGCGGCCCUGAGCGGGUCUCGGAGCCAGCCCGACGUGUCUGGGAGAGGCCCCGGAGGGGGCGGGAGGGUGGCCCGCGGGACGCGGGUUCUGUGGGGGAGACGUGGGGAACAUUUGAUUCCGCGAAGAGGAAGAGCCCGAGUGACCGGGAGCGAGCCGGCUGAGAGGGAGGGAGGGGGCUGCCAAGAUGGCGACAGCCUCCUCUGGGCCGUCGUCGGCCGGGUUUCCAGCCUUUGAUCCUGGGGUGUCUUCCUCGACCUCAGCAGCAGCACCUGGAAUCAAGAAACCCUUGGCACCUGAGGUGCCUUAUACCUCUAGUGUGUCCAGCAAGAAAAUAGGCCACAGGGGGGUUGAUCCCUCAGGAGAGACAACAUAUAAAAAGACAACCUCAUCAGCUUUGAAAGGUGCCAUCCAGUUAGGCAUUACUCACACAGUGGGAAGCCUGAGUACCAAACCAGAGCGGGAUGUCCUUAUGCAAGACUUCUACGUGGUAGAGAGUAUCUUCUUCCCCAGGAGCCGGGCGCUGUACUCUCUUUGCAGUGAGCCUCUGAUUGAACUCUGCAACUCUGGAGCUAGUGGUUCCCUCUUCUAUGUGUCUAGUGAUGAUGAAUUCAUCAUCAAGACAGUCCAGCAUAAGGAAGCAGAAUUUCUGCAAAAAUUGCUUCCAGGAUACUACAUGAACCUCAACCAGAAUCCUCGAACUUUGCUGCCUAAAUUCUAUGGACUGUACUGUGUACAGGCAGGUGGCAAGAACAUACGAAUUGUGGUGAUGAACAAUCUCUUACCGCGGUCAGUCAAAAUGCAUAUGAAAUAUGACCUCAAGGGUUCAACCUACAAGCGGCGGGCUUCUCAAAAAGAACGAGAGAAACCCCUCCCCACCUUCAAAGACCUGGACUUUAUACAAGACAUCCCUGAUGGUCUUUUUUUGGAUGCUGAUAUGUACAAUGCUCUGUGUAAGACCCUACAGCGUGACUGUUUGGUGCUACAGAGCUUCAAGAUAAUGGACUAUAGCCUCUUGAUGUCAAUCCACAACAUAGAUCAUGCACAGCGAGAGCCCCUAAACAGUGAAACACAAUACUCAGUUGAUUCCAGAAGACCGGCUCCCCAGAAGGCUCUCUAUUCCACAGCUAUGGAAUCCAUCCAGGGCGAGGCUCGACGGGGUGGUACCAUGGAGACUGAGGACCAUAUGGGUGGCAUCCCUGCCCGGAAUAAUAAAGGGGAGAGGCUCCUCCUUUAUAUUGGCAUCAUUGAUAUUCUACAAUCCUACAGGUUUGUUAAGAAGUUGGAGCACUCUUGGAAAGCGCUGGUACAUGAUGGGGACACUGUGUCAGUGCAUCGUCCUGGCUUCUAUGCUGAACGGUUCCAGCGCUUCAUGUGCAACACAGUGUUCAAGAAGAUCCCCUUGAAGCCCUCUCCUUCCAAAAAGUUUCGGUCUGGCUCAUCUUUCUCUCGGCGAGCAGGCCCCAGCGGCAACUCCUGCAUUACUUUCCAGUCAUCGGUCUCUGGGGAACACAAAGCACAAGUGACAACAAAGGCGGAAGUGGAGCCAGAUGUCUCCCUCGGCCGUCCUGAUGUCUUACCUCAGACUCCAUCUUUGGAGGGAGUCAUUGAGGAGUCACCCAGUGUCUCAGCUGUAACUGCAGAGCCUUUUCAAGUACUAAAUACAAGUACAACCUUGGAAAAGCUUGAAAUUACAGAGCCAGAGUUGACCCAUUGAGCAGCAAACCUUGGAAGACCCAAAACAAGAUUCUACUGUCUCUGUGAUCUCAAGAUGUCAGCCCUUGCCCCAGGAAUGCUGAAUUUUCUUCUUUUCUUGGUCAUCAAAAAAGGAGUAGAAAUUGGAGGCUAAGGGAGCUUUCCAUCUCCUUUUAAAAGAAGAGUCUCGUUCCCUCUCCCUUCUUCUGAGUGGGCAGUAGUGCCUUGGACAGCUGAGGACAGCGGCAUCUCCCCCGCUCCAGAGUUGGGGGACACAAAUUUUCAGAUGGCUAGCCCUGGCUUCCACAUUGAUUUUUUUUUCAAGUCCCCAUUUUUCAUGUUGGAAGUGGGGUUGCUGAACUUCGAUUCUGCCAGGAGCUGGACUCUUAAUUUCCUCAGGACAGACUGGCCACCCCAUUAUUCCCACCUUAGCUCUUCCUUUCUGAUCCUUAGAGGAAGACCCCUGUAAUUUUUGUAAAUUUUUUUGGGGGGGAAUUAAUGGUAUUUAAACCACCUCCCAACCUUUUUUAGUUUUCCUUAAUAAAGGAAAAGAACAGCACACAGCACAAUUUCAAGCCAGUUUCAGAUAAAACUCCAGAAGUGUCAAAAGAGGUGCCUCUUGGUAUGCAGAAUUCCUACAGAGAAACGGAAGGCAGUGAUUGUUCUGUCAGCAGCAGCUCCUCGUAACUUCUCUUUUGAUGAGGUUUUAAGGCCGAAAGAAUGGAGCAAAAGAGACAUGAGUUGUUCUCUCCCUUUGUAUUAAAACAGUGGGGCAGCCAUGGGGCUGGGAGAUGAAAGCCCUUCUUAAGAAGAACCCUCCUCACUGCCAGGCCAUAAUGAUUAGUACUAUUUUGCAGUUUGAAAUGUAUUCUGAUUCUUUUUCUAAAUAUGAAGACCUAGCAAAUGAAUUUUUGACUAUUCUCCAAAGGAGAUUUCUUCUUUGUUCUUCCCAUUUUUUCCAACAGUGUUCCGUUCUCCAUGGAGCUAAGGUGGAGGGAGACACGUGCGUCUGUUGAACAGGCAGUCUAUAUCUCUGAGGAUAGAGAAUAUUCUCUUAAACUCAUGGGGAGCAGCAGACUUUUGCCUUGGUGAGGUCAUCGCUGUGUCAAAUGGCUGCCCCCUCUUGUUGCAGGGAACUUGGAAACGGGGCUGAUAAACCCUCCCCUCCCCGUGUCUGAGAGUUGUGGUUGUCCAUCUCUUGUUUGAUCCGCCACUCUUGUCAGGGGAAGAAGGGGGCGUGGUGUCUCAGGCAGAUUGUUGAAGUCACACACUACUAUCUCUUCUCCAUCCUACCCUACCUUGAUAGUAGGCUAGCCCAUACCCAAGUAACUGUCUAUAUUAGACACCCCCAGCCAGUUUUUGGCUGCCUGUCUUUGUUGCCAUGUUCUUUUUUACAAGAAGGAAAGAAACAGUUCUUGCUAUUUUUUUCAUGAUUUACUAUUUAUGAUGUAUUUAUGUGUUUUAUUCAGGACAGAGUUCUGUAAGGGGUGGGAGGGACUAUGUCUUAGGGAAAGGAAUGGGGACUCGACAUUUUUAUGAAGUGUUACUAUUUGCCUCUACUUUGUAUUGUUCAGAAAUGGCAAAUGCAAUAUAAAAGUAAUAAAUAUAAAUAUCUGGUU